CCCUAGCUCUGGAAUUCCCUCCCUCAAUCCCUCCGUGACUGUCCCUCCUUUCCUUUCUUCAAAGCUCACCUCAAGACCUUUCUGUUUCAGGAACACUUUUCACCUUCCGCCAGCUGGGGUCUUAAGAAAUGUCGUUGAUGAUGAUGAGUGUAAAGAAUGUGUAUUAAUGGAUUAGAUUGGAGGCCCUGGUCCAGACCGGAGAAGAUGCUACCAGUGGCUACUUGGUCAUGUUGGUCAGAGGCAUAGCCUACUAACCUGAGGUUAAUAGCAUACGGCUCUUAUGUUGGUUCUGGUUUUAACGUGUCGGGGUUCUCUUCCAGACACUAGGUGGCGAUAUCACAUCUACAUUUAUUGUUACACAGUGUGGAGAAUAGUAGAAGAAACUUUGUCAACAUGGCGACUCCGAUGCAUCGACUGAUUGCUAGAAGGCUAGCAGAGGCAAACAAGCAAAACGUUAAAUGUCAGAAGUGUCUAGAACUUGGUCACUGGACCUAUGAGUGCAAAGGGAAAAGGAAGUACCUUUAUCGACCCUCUCGAACUGCAGAGAUGAAAAAAACCCUAAAGGAAAACGAUAACAAACAAGAACAUGUAAUCCCUCAUGGGGGAGAAGUUGCUGAUAAAAGGAAAAAGAAGAGGAGAAAAAAGGAAAAGGACCAGAGUAGCUCCACAGGUGUCAGCAGUGACUCGGACAGCUCCUCAAGUGACUCUUCCUCUGAUAGCAGCGAGUCGUCCAGCUCCUCGUCUUCGUCGGAGGACAGCAGCAGUGAUAGCGAGGGCAGCUCCAGCUCCUCGGCCUCCUCCAGUAGCAGCAACAGCAGUAGUAGCAGCAGCUCCGAAUCAGAUUCAGAUUCCUCUAGCAGCAGUAGUUCAGACCAAGGCCCACCUGUGAAGAGAAAAAAGAAAACCUGAAGGACUUAAAGCCCAGAUUUCCUUUCGUUUUUUAAUGCUACCAUGUGUUUUUGUGAUUUAUGUGGUAAUCCUGUACCCAGUCAGUUUUGGUAUGACUUGGUUGUAUCAAGAUGUUUUAAACCUUCAAUCCUGAGGCUGCUAGAGCACACCAUGUGCCUAGGCAAACAAGAUUUCUUUUCUUUUCAAUAAAGGAUAUUGGAUUUUUAA